AUGGAUGAACUGAUCCCCCAAAACUUUGUGAUUCCCAAGAUCACACCUUUCUCGGGAAAUUUGGACCCUGAAUUGCACCUGGAGACAUUUCAAGCGCGAAUGCUAAUUUCAGGUGGAACUGACGCGAUACGAUGUAAGAUGUUCGUAGGCACGUUAACGGAGAUCGCCCUCAAGUGGUUCAGUAUUAUUCCCAAUGCCACAAUCAAAUUGUUUGCUGAAUUCUCACGCGCAUUCUUGGAAAGAAUGAAGAUAGUGGAUCCGAAUGAAGGAUUGCUUGUGAAAGCCUUUGUAAAGGAGCUUCAUGCUAGCCCUUUUAGUGAAUCACUAUAUCGGAUUUCGCCAAAAACUCUAAUGGAGAUUCGGCAAAGGGCAGCAGUGGAGAUCAAAAUUGAGGAAGCUUUGCGACACAAAAGAUCGGGAGAUAAGAGGCUAUUGAUCAAUAAUGAGAAUGAAAGAACUGUUAGGCCAUUCAGAAAAGAAAGAACUCCUCCUCGGAAAAUGCUAGAUAGGAAAUUUGUUUCCUAUUUAGCACAAAAAAGAAAUGAGCUUCAUAGGGUUCGGAGGAUGCCCACUCUUAAGGUUGCUCCGUCUGAGGUACUAGAAUAUGUUGAGAUAACUAAGCACUUACGUUAUCCUAGUAAUACAGGAAAGAUUCUCAACUCUCGACCGAACUCUUGGUGCAGAUUUCAUCAGGUUGGGGGACAUGAUACAGAUUCUUGUUAUACUUUGGCUAAUCAAUUAUCUACUUUACUGGAUAGGGGGUUAAUGAAAAAAUAUGUCAAGAUAAACAUUAAAGAAAAGCCUAUUCUGUCCUCGGCAACCGAGCUCCAUGAAGAACCUAUUCUGGGAGAUUUCAAUAUAAUUGCGGGAGGAUUCGCUAGAGGUGGACAAACCAGUUUAGCUCGAAAGAGAUAUGUGAGGAGUAUUAUGACGACAACUAAAAUUGAACGACCAAAGAAAGUCCCUGAUAAUAUGUUCUUAAGCGAAGAUUUAAAAGGAGUAGUACCCCAUGAAGAUGAUCUGAUAGUGUUAUCUGUCAUUACAAUGGGAAGGAAUGUUCUUAGGGUCUUGGUGGAUAAGGGGAGUUUGGCAAAUGUGAUCUUUUGGAAUGCCUUUGUAGGGUUGCAAAUUCCCAUCGAUCAUCUACAACCCUUUGAUGGGGUGCUCGUUGGGUUCUCGGGAGAUCAGGUGGAGGUCAGAGGAUAUGUGGAUUUGUGGACAACUUUCAGAGACAAAGAGGUUACUAAAACAAUUUUUGUAAGAUAUAUCCUUGUAAACGCUCCACUUUCAUAUAAUUUGUUGUUAGGCGGACCUUCUACCAACAAAUUGGGGGCCGUGAUAUCUACUGUUCAUCUAAAGAUGAAAUUCCCUACGGAUGAUGGGAUGGUAGUUACAAUGGCAGUGAAUCAAGAAAUAGAUCGUAAAUGUUAUGAAGAUAGUCUCAAGGCGAGGUGA